AAUAGCAUGACCGCUUUUCAUAAGGUGAUUGCAACGUGCUCGGUACGGACAGCCAUGGCUUCUGAUGAACCCAAAGCAAAGAAACUUAAACUUUCCGAGGAUGAGAAGACAGAGUCUCCGAGCAAAAAGGCUGCCGUCGAACUAAGGCCUAAUUUGCUCUUUGGGAUGGGAAACCCCUUACUGGACAUCUCUGCCGUGGUGGAUAAAGACUUCUUGGACAAGUACUCUCUGAAGCCCAACGAUCAGAUCCUGGCGGAGGACAAGCACAAAGCACUAUUUGAUGAGCUUGUAAAGAAAUUCAAAGUGGAGUAUCACGCCGGAGGAGCCACGCAGAACUCCAUCAAGAUCGCUCAGUGGAUGAUCCAAGAGCCGCAUAGCGUGGGCACGUUCUUCGGCUGCAUCGGCAAAGAUAAGUUUGGAGAGAUCCUCAAGCAGAAGGCGGAGGAGGCCCACGUGGACGCUCAUUACUACGAGCAAGACGAAGAGCCCACUGGGACGUGUGCUGCCUGCAUCACUGGAGAUAACAGGUCUCUGGUCGCUAAUCUAGCUGCUGCUAACUGCUAUAAGAAGGACAAGCAUUUAGACUUGGAUGAAAACUGGGAGCUGGUGGAAAAGGCUAAAGUCUACUAUAUUGCUGGCUUCUUCCUGACUGUGUCUUUGGAGUCCAUCCUGAAAGUAGCCAAGCACGCCUCCGAAAAGAACAAGCUGUUUUGCAUGAACCUUUCUGCACCCUUCAUCUGCCAGUUCUUCAAGGACAACCUCAUGCAGGUCAUGCCUUACAUCGACGUGCUGUUCGGCAACGAGACGGAGGCAAGUGCUUUUGCUAAAGAGCAGGACUUUGAGACUAAAGACAUUAAGGAGAUUGCCAAGAAAGCCCAGGCAUUACCCAAAGUCAACGCAAAGAGGCAGAGAAUCGUUGUGUUUACUCAGGGAAAGGAUGAAACUAUCAUGGCCCUGAGUGAUAAGAUUGAGACAUUCCCUGUCCUGAAGAUUGACCCGAAGGACAUAGUUGACACGAAUGGUGCGGGCGACGCGUUUGUCGGAGGCUUCCUGUCCGGGCUCGUCCAGGAGAAACCUCUGGAUCAGUGCGUGAGGGCAGCACACUACUCUGCCAACGUCAUCAUCAGAAGAGCAGGCUGCACCUUCCCAGAGAAGCCGGACUUCAAAUGAGGAACGCCGAGAAGCUUUUCUCCUUCAGCCUGAAAACCUCAUAACCCACACUGCCUCCACUAAUCGGACCCACGUCUUCUUUUUUUUUUUUUUUUUUUUAAUUGGUCAAUUAAUCUUAAAAGUUAUUUUUAAAGUGUCCGCACGUCUUUACUCGCCUAUUGAGGGGUUUGCCUGUCUCCAUUUUGUCCUCAAGAGGUCAGUAGAGGAGCAUGCAGCCAAGAACAGGGGGAGGCGUUUUGUAUUUGUAGCUGACGAGGAACUUGGUUGAAAGUUAUUAGUUAUGCAAAAAAUGCAAAAGCGUUUCCCUCUGCGAGUCCCGGCUCCAGCGUGCAGCUGCGCAGACACCUCUCAGGCUUUGUUACAAGCGCUCUUGUCUCUGGAGUCCAGUGUUGCUGUCCCUCUGGGCGACGGAGCACAAGCACAAACAAGGACUGCAGAGCAAAACCUCAGUAACAAGACAGGGUUUUUUUUUUUUUUUUUUUUUUGGAUCUGCUGAAACGGAGCAGCUGAGAAGCCAUUUGUAUUGUUGUUGUUUUAAAUGCACACAUUUUUAGUGAUGUUAAAGCUUCCACCCGGCUCAACCUGUUUAAACAUGUCAGUUUAACUGUCAGCGCUGUUUUAGGUGAGCUGUGGGCCUUUUUUUUUUUCUUUUUUUUUUUUUAGUUUUUUAGUUUUUAAGUCAUUACAAAGGGUGUAAAUGUGCUGAGCAGAGCUCUGGCUCUGGAUUAUGAAGCAGGAUAAAGGAUUUCGGAAAGGUGACAUUAGGUUUCAAGUCUUCAGUAUCUCCUGGAAUUGUCUGCAUAAGCGAAAUGUCUUUAAAAGGAGAAAGCUCAAACAGCCUGGAACAGAUUUUUAUUUCUGUUCCUACACUAGUAAAGAUUUGGAGCCUUUGUCAUUAAAGUAAUUUCUUAAAGUUAUCCCUGACCACUUAAAUAUUUUCAUUUAUUAGAUACUCACAUCUGAGCCUGACUCAUAAACCUUUACUGGACUUAAUCCUUUUUGGUUAUAAAGUGAUGUUUAAAUCAGGCAGCGCUCCAUCUGACAGAUUAAGGCCUCAAAAGUUUCUCGCCUGUCUCAAGAAAACAACCACAUAAUUUUGUUUAAGCCAAAUAUUAGAACAGAUCGUCUUCAGAUCACUUUGUGCUUUAUGAUGUCUGUUUUUCUUCCUGUUGAAGAACAGCAUGAUGCCGCCACGGGCACAGGGUGUUAUUAUUAAUCUCAUUAAUUUAUUCAUGAACAUUUUUUAACUAUUUAAAUUAUAAUAAGUUUAGGAUUAUAUUCUCUUUUUGUGAUAAGUAAGGCGCCUCCGGAACAGGAACUUGACCUGAUAAGUAGUUGGUCAGCAAACUUCACUGACUUUAUAAUCAGUAUUUGGAUACUUCUGGGUAUGUUCUCAACUGUUUGACCUAACACUAGAAAAACAAGAGGGAACCUGGAUUUGUUAAACCUGCUGUAUAGCACAGGAUGAGUUCAGAAAAUGUUUCUAUGGAGACAAACUUGAAAGCUACAGCCGCGUCUGGUAGAUUGCGGCACGUGGGCAUUUUAAAAGCUCCUGGACGUUAGCUCAGUGGGCAUUAAAAUGAACGCUGUCUGUUCAUUUAACUCCUUAAACAGUCACCCUGUCAGGACGGACAAGGAAUGGAAAAGUUAUGGCUUUUACAAUGUGAUUUGCUACUGUCGUCGGAGGUAAAACCUCUGCUACAAAAAAUAAAAUGGGCAAGAAAUUUACAGGAAAAAAAACACACACAAGGUAUAACUUUGAUUAUUAUGGGGCCAAAAGGUUUAAACAACGUCUAAUUACAUUCGGUCGUGUCAUGAUGUUUCCGAGCUGAACAGCUCUUGAUUAUUGACGCAGUUGAUAAAUGUUCAAUUAUCUAAAAAAAAAAAAAAUAAGUGUGUGGUUUCUGAAUAUGGCAGAAAGCCUUGAAACUUGCCUGCUUGAAAUGUUUAUCCAUGUGAUGGGCUUUUUUUUUUUUAUGUAUGUCCAGAUACACCAAAAGCCUUAUGUGACCUUUUACUUCCUGGUCUCAUUGACACUCAAGUUGCCCAUAAGUGUGGGAGACUAUGAUGUUCGACAGUGAAUAAUAAAAUUAAUUAUGCCAAUUUCA